AAAAUAGUACAUUCUGAAUUAAUUGAGUGAUCAAAGAAGUGGAAAAGUCACGUACCUAAGUUUCUUAAUAUUUUUCCACUGAAAGGGAGAGUAACUGGAGAGGGAUCCAACUAGAGGAGUUAGUAGAAUGAAAUCUAGCAAUUAUAGUCCGAAUAUCCAAUGCAUGUGCCACAUUAUUUUAUUAGGAAAUGCUACUUCACUGUCGUUUUGUGAUGCGAUGAAGCGCUGCCAUCGCUACUUACGCAAAAUAGUUACUGAAAAGAAAACGCGGCCUGUUGAUAAAUAUUUUAAUAUGUAUGACUGACGUGUCUAAUGGCUAAAUAGUCGAAUAUGGCUUCUAGUGCGUCUGAAAACUUGCUGCCCGAGGUGAUGCCGAGAAAUCUGGAGAAAACAUUGUCUUUGGAGUCAGUCAAAGAAGUGCAAACUGAGUGCGACUGCAACGAACUGCAUUAUGGCGCGUGGGAUGCCGUGUUCUCCGCUUUUGUCGUCGCUCCGCUGGUGGUGUCAGUAUGGAGGGGAACGUGGGGCUUGAUGGAACUGCACGCCUCCUACUUCCCUUACGCCCAGAUAUAUCUGCUGGGGAUCGUCAUACACAUCAGUUUCGCGCUUGUCAGGUCCGCCCUUCUAUCCCGGUCGGUAGGCGCCUGGAGAGAGGACCACCGCGCCGGCCGAUGGCUGCGGGAGCGUGCGCUAUCCAGAGUGUAUACUUACAUCUUCAUUCUAUCCAACAUCAUGCACUGGAGGGGCGGCUGGGGGCUACUGGAUGCUGCUAUAGCUGCCAUACUGCCGGACGAUAAUGAUCCUCAUAGGCCGGUGCUGACAGCAGCCUUUACAAUCCUGUUCUACCUCUGCGCCGCGACCCUGCGCUCUUCCCGCAACCUCCUGGCCUCGCCGUACUUUCUCUUCACCGAUGGGAAAGAGGCCACCUACAUCUUCACCACGAGGUUUAAGAAUACUAGCAGCAGAGAGACGGCGCUGUACGUGCUGGACUGCGUGUUCUCGGUGGCGGUGGUGGGCUCGCUGGUGGUGUUCGUGUGGCGCGGCUCCUGGGCGCUGCUGGACAUCUUCCUGUUCCCCGAAGACCCGGUCAAGUCCUGCUGGACCUCUCUGAUCGUGGGCUACUCCGUGGUGAUCGCGACAUUCUCUCUCCAAGCACCGAUCCGCUGGGUGACCGCGCGGCUGCACGGCGCGCCUCGUCUUCUGCUUGCAGAUGUCUACCACCUGGUGUCCUUCAUCGCCACCGUCAACGUCUGGCGCGGCUUCUGGGGCAUGCUGGAUAUUUACUUCUUCCCUGAAACACCAAAACUCAGCAACUGGUGCUCGCAUAUCGCCAGCCUGGUGCUGUUGAUGCUCCUGAACUGCUCCAACUCGGUGCUGGUGCGAGGAGUGUACAUCGACGCCGAGGAGCCGGCAGGAGAAUGCGUGGUCUUCCCCUGCCACUACCUGCGACUGUUCUUCCACAAGGAGAGGACGAAGAAACGACAUAAGAGGGCGCUCGCGACAGCAGCGACGAGAAAACCAGAAAUCGACUCAAGUAUGCCGUUACAAAAUCCAGAGGAAAAGGUGUAGCCAAUUCCAUCAAUGGCCAAGGUAUACCCUAAGCCCCGAAAGGUUCGGAGCCUGAACUCCAUGUUCCAACAAAAGCCGAAAGUGACGCUCGUUAUACAAGCGUCCCUAUGGCCAAAUAUUCGGCCAAGGGUUCGGCAAAAUGCCAGGAGUCAUCGGGAUUGGUGCGGCCAAAGACUUUGUUGUUGUGUUAACUUGUUGCUUAGUUGUACCGAGAUGCCCCAGUGAUUGCAUUUGUAAAGUACCAAAUUGUUCUUCAUAAUUUUCUUCAUUGAUUUCGUGUUUACUAAGACUACCUCCAAUUCUUCCAUUAGGAUUAAACUCUAUUGAUAUGUGCUGUUAAAGUUACAAAUACAUUUUAGUUACAAUAAUGUUAACAUGUAAAUUGGCGCGCCUUACAUUCAUGACACGCUAAUUUUGUUGUGUAACAAAAUUGGCGUAUCUCAUAGUUGUUAAACUUAAAAUCAUAUCUAUGCUCUUGCCACAUAAAAUAAUUAGUUUUUAUAUGAAAAUCGCAGAAAAGCCAAAGUUAUUGCCUAAAGCAGUGAUGCGUGGCGUGGCUUGUGCAUUAUGUUCACAAUGCCCAGUGCCCUGCACUGCUUUCCGCUGGUAGUGCUAGGUGAAGAUAAACAAAGUUUUGUACUACUGCUUGUUAGCACGGUAUAGCUUAUCGAUUAGACGAGUUGCUAUCAUGGUUUCCAACCUCAUGCAAUGACAGAAUAGUCUAUAACUUCAAGAACAGAUUCAAGUCUUUAAAAUUGGUCUGAUUGAAAUAUGUACAAAUACUAUGCUUAGAGCUUAAACGCAAUUUUAUAUCAAGAGACCCUAUUCUACAUAGUGAAUAAUUCUAAAGUCUGUAUGAAACAUUUUGUACCUAUUUGUGGAAUGUAUGAAAGUGCCGGGUCAAUUCUUGUAAUAUUUUAAUCUUAAUUUGUAAUAUAAUUAAUUACAGUAUAAUUUAGGACGAGCGGUUUAAUACGAACCACUCGUUAUUCUAAGUCAUUCUUUAGUAAUACAAGAUAUUGUAAGAAUAGCUUGCGCUAUGUAAAUAUAUAAUUUUAAGUUAUUAUCGUCGUUGUGACAAAAUUAAGUACAAUAAACAGUUUUAUUAGUAUUUA